AUGUUUUCUUGCUCAUAUGAUCAUAUGAUGAGUGAAGAUUCCGUACCCAACAUAGAGGACGACAAUGUCUGGAAGAGUUUGAAAACGAGCCUGACAAGUUUUCUCAGAGGAACAACAUUAGGGUGGCAAGCGGCCGCCCGGCAGCUCCGCGCCGAAGGAGGCGACAUUGGAGUAACGGACUCUCGAGGGGACGGCUCCAUCAUUGACUCCUCUGCUUGUCACAAACGGAAAAUCUGGUUUCGAUUGCCAUUGCUCAUUCUGGAAGCAGAAUUGUGGGAUCGCAAGAAGUCGGUGUGUGAAAUUUCAAAUACAAAUGAAACUGACGAUGAAUAUGAAUCAACGCCACUUAAGCGUGCGCUGGUGAUUGACGAUUCGAAGGUGGUCCGUAAGAUUUUGGCAAAUGCCUUAUCUCGACUUGGCUUUGAGACAAUGUUGGCUGUAAACGGUUUGGAGGGCCUGCGAGCGUUGCAGGAGUCUACGUACGAUCUUGUCUUAUGUGAUCUACUGAUGCCGGUCAUGGACGGCCUGGACUGUGUUCGAUCAUAUCGUCAUUGGGAAUCCAACAACAGAUCCACACAACAGCACAUAGUCGCAAUGUCGGCGCACGCAAGUGAAGUCGAUAUCGAACGAUGUUUAAAGUUGGGCAUGGACUGCUAUUAUUCCAAGCCUAUUACCAUGGAAACACUCAAAAUUCUUGCGCAUGAUAUAGAGGAGUAUUCGAAUUGCACACCUUUAAAAACGACUAGGGCGGAAUUGGCAACAACCAGCUCACCGACAUCGACCUUUGCUGUCAAACGUCGACGAACGUAUUCGGACGCUGCGGAUCGAAAAAGCUGUCUCGUUGCCUGCUGCAACGAAAUCGAUGCUUCAACUGUUUGUCAUGUACUGCAAGAACACGACUGGACAAUCAAGAUAGCGAAACACAGCAAAGUAGUUCUCGAGUUGCUGAAGGAAAGAAACUGGGGCUUGGUGUUUGUAGACAGCGAUAGAAUUGGGCACGACAACAUUAGUUGUAUGCACGAGUUUCGAGUUUGGGAAAAGCAUCAUCGUGUACGCCGCCAACGUAAUAUUUACCUCCUCAUGGUUGAUUUGCCACAGCCUAGGACGUCAUCGUUGUUGCAGCUCCCUGCUGGAGUGGACGGAGCUGUUCACAAACCAGCACGACCUGAUGAUAUUGGACGCGUACUUCAAACAGUCGUCAAAGCGUCUGGAUUCGAUGCACGAGAUAUUAUUGUGAGCACUUAA